AUGCACAACGACAAACUAGCGGACAUCGACCUCAUAUUCUAUCUAUCUCAGUCUGUUCCUAUCUAUCUAUCUAUCUAUCUAUCUAUCUAUCUAUCUAUCUCAGUUUGUUAUCUAUCUAUCUAUCUAUCUAUCUAUCUAUUUCAGUUUCUAUCUAUCUACUUUCUUUCUUUCUUUCUUUCUUUCUUACUUUCUUUUUUCUUUUUUUCUUUCUAUAUAUCGAUCUAUCUAUCUCACUUAAUUCAUAUUUAUCUAGCUUUCUAUUUCACAUUCUUUCUUUCUAUCUAUCUACUUUCUUUCUUCCUAUCUAUCUAUCUAUCUCAGUUUAUUCAUAUCUAUCUAUCUAUCUAUCUAUCUAUCUAUCUAUCUAUCUAUCUAUCUAUUUCAGUUUCUAUCUAUCUAUCUAUCUAUCUAUCUAUCUAUCUAUCUAUUUCAGUUUCUAUCUAUCUACUUUCCUUCUUUCUUUCUUACUUUUUUCUUUUUUUCUUUCUAUAUAUCGAUCUAUCUAUCUCACUUAAUUCAUAUUUAUCUAGCUUUCUAUUUCACAUUCUUUCUUUCUAUCUAUCUACUUUAUUUCUAUCUAUCAUUCAUAUCUAUCUCAGUUUAUUCAUAUAUAUCUAUCUAUCUAUCUAUCUCAUCUUAGUUUGUUCAUCUCAUCUAUUACAUCUAUCUAUCUAUCUCACUUUCUUCUUUCUUUCAUUCUUUUUCUCUUUCUUUCUUUGUAUAUAUCUAUCUUAG